AUGGGAUGUACUCUGAGCGCAGAGGAGCGAGCCGCCCUCGAGCGGAGCAAGGCGAUUGAGAAAAACCUCAAAGAGGAUGGCAUCAGCGCCGCCAAAGACGUGAAAUUACUCCUGCUGGGGGCUGGAGAAUCUGGAAAAAGCACCAUUGUGAAGCAGAUGAAGAUCAUCCACGAAGAUGGCUUCUCUGGAGAAGACGUGAAACAGUACAAGCCCGUUGUCUACAGCAACACCAUCCAGUCCCUGGCAGCCAUCGUCCGGGCCAUGGACACUUUGGGCAUCGAAUACGGUGACAAGGAGAGAAAGGCUGAUGCCAAGAUGGUGUGUGAUGUGGUGAGUCGAAUGGAAGACACGGAGCCCUUCUCUCCAGAGCUGCUCUCCGCCAUGAUGCGACUCUGGGGCGACUCAGGGAUCCAGGAGUGCUUCAACAGGUCCCGGGAGUAUCAGCUCAACGACUCUGCCAAAUACUACCUGGACAGCCUGGAUCGGAUCGGGGCUGCCGACUACCAGCCCACCGAGCAGGACAUCCUCCGAACCAGGGUCAAAACCACCGGCAUCGUAGAAACCCACUUCACAUUCAAGAACCUCCACUUCAGGCUGUUCGACGUUGGGGGCCAACGAUCUGAACGCAAGAAGUGGAUUCACUGCUUCGAGGACGUCACGGCCAUCAUCUUCUGCGUCGCACUCAGCGGCUAUGACCAGGUGCUCCACGAAGACGAGACCACGAACCGCAUGCACGAAUCUCUGAAGCUCUUCGACAGCAUCUGCAACAACAAGUGGUUCACGGACACGUCCAUCAUCCUGUUUCUUAACAAGAAGGACAUAUUCGAAGAGAAGAUCAAGAAGUCCCCGCUAACCAUCUGCUUUCCUGAGUACACAGGCCCCAACACCUUCACGGAAGCCGUGGCUCAUAUCCAGGCGCAGUACGAGAGCAAGAACAAGUCGGCCCACAAGGAGAUCUACACCCACAUCACCUGUGCCACUGACACCAACAACAUCCAGUUUGUCUUUGACGCCGUGACGGACGUCAUCAUCGCCAAAAACCUUCGGGGCUGUGGCCUCUACUGAGCCCUGGCCUCGCCACCCAGCUGCCCACCACCCUGCCCAGCCUGCCGCCCCACCCCUGCCCUGGACAAGGGAGCACCAGCAGCUGGCACUGAGCCGGGAAGAGGAGGCGCCCUCCAUGGCCUCCCCCACCCCAGACACCAGAACACGUGGUAACGGGGCUGGUGGGAGCGCCGAGUGCCCACACCUGCCGAGACAGACGGCCCGCUGGCCUCCGCGC